AUGUCCGGUUUGCCGCAAACAGGUUGGAGUUGCGAACUUUUAAAGAUGGUGAUCCAUCGUUUGCCGUCCUGUCGACAUCAGUUCGUUCACUCGGUGAAAGCGAAACGGAAUGAAGCGUCAUCUGAGAUUGAACUUCACCGCAUCGGACUUAUUCCAAGGAAGCUGUGUAAUGGCUGGAUAAGAGAAAAACCGAGCAAAAAUAGUAGUCGAUGUAAUGGUAAGGAUAUGAUGAACUUUGAAAGGGAUUCGGCUGCCUUGUUAACAACGGUCAGUGCCGUGGCAGUAAAUAUGGCUCCGAGCAAUACUGCUUGA